UAUACAGCUAAGCGAAAAAAGAAAACAAUGUUGAAAUUUUCUCAGUCCUUACCCUUUUCUUGUCGAAUUCUUACGAGAUUCUUAACUGAUUCUUAUCAAAUUCUUGUCACUUUCGUGCGGACUUCUUAUGUAAGAAUUCAAUAAGAAUCUAAUAAGACUCUUAUCUGAGUCAUAACAGAUUUUUAUAAGUUCCUUAUCGGAUCCCUGUCAGAUUCUUUUGUAAGAAUCAAUCACUAGGGUAUCAUGAUUCAUAUAUUAAAUCUAAAUAAUGAGCAUUUAAGUAGAUUGUUAAUAAUUUGUUUAUAAAUAUGUAUUUUACUCUAGACAUUUCCUCCAACAUUAGUACAAACACAAGUUGAAGGCGGUUCAACAUUAUUCCAGCUUAAUUAUUUUGGUGAACAAGCUUAUUUAACACAAUCGUCACAACUAUAUUUAGAAACAGCUUGUCCAGCACUUGGCGAUGUUUUUUGUAUAGCACAAUCAUAUCGAGCUGAACCAUCAAGAACACGACGCCAUUUAGCAGAGUAA